GUCGUUUUCCCACACUCGUAUGACACAAACGCAAAAGAAAAAUUUCGUCGGUCGCGCCGUGGUCUGGAAAAAAAUAAGUUGAAUAUUCCACUAAAUAAUUGCAGUUUGUGCGCCACUAGUGGAUAUUAAAGUGGCUGAAAAGCACACUAAUCCGUGGAUUGAUUGUGUUCUGUGGCAGCACUCAAGGUGGCUGUAGCUAAUAAGUGUCGCACGAAUGAGAGCGUAAAGCAGAUGGCGGAGAGCGUCCCGCGCGUCAGUGUGUGUGUGUGCGCGUGAAUGAGAAGUAGAAAGCGGCGGUAAAAACCUUGUUCGCGUGUUAAAACCUACACAUCUAAAUCGAGAUAUUUAAUAAGUAAUUAUUUCGUUGGUGCAUCUCGAGUGGAAAAACAGUGAAACAUAUCCUUGAGCGUCCAGCCAUCGCAACGCCAGCAGCGCAGCAAGCGAUCGGAGAUAGCAGACGAAAACAAACCGCGUCCCCUGGAACCGCCGAUACUGAGGAAUGCCAGCGUACCAACAAUGCGACAUGAUAGUCAGCAAACGGACGUUUUAAGUUGUCACUGUUAGAAUUGUUGAAUUGUUUACAACUUGUUGCCUACGUAAGGGAUACGUAGAGAAAAGCAUCAAGUAGAAGCAACGCAUCAGAAUCCCUAGCAGAUCCCAGUCAAGCCACAGAAGAGUAGUCGCCUGCAGAAGCAGCCGGCCGAGAUGGUGGGCAACUUAAAGCCCAGCGGCCGAGAGUCGCGCCGCAAGGCUGCAGUGGUGGCGGCGGCGUUGAUUACUGCCUCGGAAGAUACCAAUGAAGAGCAUCGCACGAAUGGGCAUGCCACAAACGGUGGUGGCAAGCGCAGGCGGGCCAGCAAGUCUGGCAAGUCGCCCGUCCUGACCAACGGCGACAGCAAGAGGCCCAAGCUGAAGCAACAGAAUCCAGAGAGCGCGACCACCACGAGGACCAACAACAAAAGGUACAUUGCCUGUAGCAAUAAUAACAACAACAACAAUAACAACAGCAACAGCAAAAACAUUAAUGUGACCAAUGGUCAACAACACAACAACAAGAAGGCCACUAGCGUCAAUAACACCCCAUCGCCAUCGCCCCCAAAAGCAGUGGCAGCGACGGCGACGGCUGCAGCAACAGCGAAAAAGCAAGAAGACUACAAUUACCGUGACACUAUGUCGCCACCCACACCGCCCUCGCCUCCAUCACCCCCAAUCAAUGUGGCUGAGGUGGUGUGCAUUUCCGAUGGAGAGAGCGAGGAGAACGAACCGGCAGACUACUUUGACAGGGACACGGAGGAGGAGGACGACGAAGAGGAGCCUGAAUUGGUGGAAGUGGAGGAGGAGGAGGAGGAGGAGGUUCUGGUGAACGACACAGCCUCCACCCCCACGACGAAACUGCAGCUAAAGAACAUUAAUCCGAAGAACAUAGCUGCAGCCGCGGCAGCAGCAGCGGCGGCAGCAGAAGCUGCAGCCGUAGCAGCGGAAGCGGCAGCUGCAGCAGCAGCCGCAUCACCCAACUUAGGCAUCCCCACCAGCAACAGCACGCCGCUGGAUCUUAACAACGAGGCGCAUCAAAAGGACCUGGAAGCCGUGACAGACCUACGUUCCUACGUAAAACUAUACAGUGAAGAGGCGGUGAGUCUAGUCGACUUUGAAAUAAUACGCGUGCUGGGUACUGGCGCGUAUGGACGAGUUUUCCUUGUACGAAAACUGACCCGUCACGAUGCGGGCCAGUUGUAUGCCAUGAAGGUCCUAAACAAGAUAACCGUUGUGCAGAAACGUAAAACGGCCGAACACACCAAAACAGAGCGAGUGGUACUGGAAGCCGUACAGCGCAGCCCCUUCCUGGUCGGCCUCCACUACGCCUUCCAGUCAACAACGAAGCUUUAUCUGGUUCUCGACUUUGCCAAGGGCGGGGAGCUGUUCACACAUCUGUAUCAUGCCGAGCAUUUCGAUGAGCCGCGUGUGCGCGUCUAUAUUGCCGAGGUAGUGCUGGCUCUGGAGCAACUGCAUCAGCUGGGCAUCAUCUAUCGCGACAUAAAGCUCGAGAAUAUCCUGCUGGAUGGAGACGGACACAUUGUCCUGUCGGACUUUGGGCUCUCGAAGAUCCUAUCGGAGGAGAAUGAUCACCGUGCGCACAGCUUUUGUGGCACCCUGGAGUAUAUGGCCCCGGAGAUUAUACGCACUGGUCCGCCGGGUCACGACAGUGCCGUCGAUUGGUGGUCUGUCGGUGUCCUGACCUUUGAACUACUCACUGGAGGGUCACCCUUUGCCACGUCUGAUGGCCAGAGCCAACAGUCGGAGAUCUCAAGGCGCAUACAAAGGGACCAGCCGCAGAUACCGUCAACAUUCAGUGCGCCUGCCAGAGAUUUUGUGCUAAAAAUGCUGGAGAAGAACCCCAAGCUGCGCCUGGGCAAGAACGAUCGCGAUGCCAAAGAGAUCAAGCAGCAUCCCUUCUUCCACGGCAUCAACUGGCACGAUCUGCGCGCCAAGCGGCGCAAGGCCCCCUACAAGCCCGUUCUCACAUCCGAAGAUGACGUCCAGAACUUCAGCAACGAGUUCACCGACCAGCGGCCAGAGGACGUCGAAUGCGAUGCACCCCCAAGUCGCAUUCGCCUUUUCCGGGGAUACACCUAUGUGGCGCCCGAGCAUUUGGAACAGAUGCGCAGGGACAGCAACUGCCACAUUGAGUAUUGCAAUAAAGGAUUACUGAAUAUGCCAUCAAGACCGCAGGACCUCGAUCUGGGCAGUCGCACUGCGGGCGGAUCCUACGGUACCUGCUACUUUGCCGUGGACAGCAGCAACGAUAUGAUAUUCAUGGUCAAGGUUGUUCCACUCUCAAAGUUUCGUGCAUCCGAGGUGGAUGCCUUGACCUCCUGUGCCAUGGAUGAUGCAGGCCACCAGAACAUUGUCCAAUAUCUGGGCACGUUCCGGGACAAAUGCGACACAUGGAUCCUCACGGAGUUCCUUGUUGGCGAGGAGCUUUCGGCACCCAUUAAACGCAAUGCCCUGAAUGAGCGAACCUGCCGUGAUCUCUUCCGACAGAUUCUGGAGGCGGUGCGACACAUCCACUCGAAGAAGUUCAUCCACGGUGACGUGAAGCCCGAGAACAUUGUGUUUGAGAGUCGUGAUGAUAUGGUGGUGAAGCUGGUGGACUUUGGCAGUGCCUGUUACAGCAGCAGCUUCACGAGCUGGCAGGACAAGCCGCGUUACACUCUGGACUAUGCACCGCCGGAGAUGCUCAAGGAUCCCAAUAUGGUCACGUAUACGCCGGCCGUCGAUGUCUACGGGCUUGGCGCGACACUGUACACGAUGCUGGUGGGCCAUCCGCCCUAUCGCCAGGACCAGGAGGACAAGGAACACUCUCCGGAUAUCCAUCAUCAGUUGCGUAGACGCAUGCAGACCGAGACGUUCAAUCAUGAGGCCAAGCUCUGGCUGAGUGCCAGCCCGGAAUUUCGCCAGCUGGUAGAGUGGUGCAUGCAGCCCGAUCCCGCCAACCGUCCGCAACUGGAUGAUAUAUUGGCGAGCGACUGGGUUCAGUCUGGUGGAGGUGGAGACUUGGACGUUGCAAUUAUUGUGCCACCGCCACCCCUGCCUGAAGAACAGGAGGAGCAAAAGGUGGAAGACAAGGAGGAGCAUGAAGAGGUGCAUGAGAAGGAGAAGGAGGUGGUUAAAGAAGACGAUGAUAGCUUGAAGAAGUCGACCACAGGUAUGUUACCCGAUAAUCCGGCUAAGGACGAGCUCGACACCAUCAACUUGCUCCACCUUCCAGCAUCGUCGGCCGAGUCGUUCUUAGUUCGCCCCGCAGCAUCACCGCCUAUGUCCGAGGACGAAGACUUUAGGGAACGCAUUGAAAUCCACUCUGAAAGCGAUUUCUUGGGCUUCCAUGAGAAUCUGCCGCCCCUAAAACUGCCCUCCCAAUAUUUUGGGGAGCUGCCACUGCCCGUGAUCGUGGAGGAGACGUCCCACGCAAUGUUGCCGCCACCGCCGCUUGAUCCAGUUGCUGUUGCUCCAGUUGCUCUUACUCCAAAAACAGAGGCCGAAGAGUUGACAAACAGACGGCCAAGAACACGCCAGCAAAGGCGAACCGAGACCAAUGUACUUCCGCCUGUUGUAGCAAUGAAUGAAUCUACCACAGAUGCGGAGGACAGCAAGGUCGGUCUCUACCUGCUGAUGCAACAACUGCCGCCACCUGCAGAGGUACCGCUCACAACCAGCACCACCACGACAUCAAUAGCAACACGAAUCGCACGCACAUUGCCCGCCACGAAAGCGCGCCAAAUGGGCCGCUCGAAGCCUGACAGUGAGAAUCUCUUUGGCUUUUCAAAGACGCAAGCUUCGUGGCGAAAGUCGCGCGCCAGCUGGCGACACUUCUGCCUCGUCCUCAGCAAUGCACAGAAGCUUCUAAAGCGCUUUAAGGUACAACGCCAAGUAUACUGCUUACCGCAUAUUAAAGUCGAGAUCCCUGACGAGGACGUAGUCAAUUUGCCUCAGAUAUAUCCUCGACCGAAAGCGCGAAAGCAGCAGCUGCGGCCGCUCAAGGUGCCGCGACCACCAACGCGCGUCCAACCAGAAAGAGCGCGUGCACUGCGCCAGCGGUACGUGUUCGAAUGACGUCGCGCCGUCGGUCGAUGGUUCGGCAUAGGAGCGGCGACGGGUAGUGUCGUGGAGGUGCUGGAUGACGAUGAGGAUGGAACAAAUGCGGACGCGGACGCGGGUGGGGAGGAACGCCAACUGCAAGCGGUGCUGGCGGCGACCAUGCAGUGGGCGUCUGGCUCCAGGAGGCAAUUGGGCAGCUGACGACAGAUGAGGACAGAUGGUAGCAGAACAACAAAGAGGACAACUAGGGCGAGGCCGCAGCGUGUAGUAACUGUCUAACUGCCACACAACGACCCACAAAGAGACACACACGCCAACAUACAGACUAACACUGAAAGCAAGAGUCGAAGGAUCCGCAAGGAGCACCAAAGAUCCUUUCAAGUUUUGUUAUAUACUAUAAUAGAUAAUAUAAAACCAUUGCACAUAAGUUGGGACACCUCUUUGCCAACCAUUUGUGCGGAAAACGGCUAACGUCCCCGCCACAAAUGGUGGCAAGAGGAUAUGAGAUGAGAGUUAAGAGUAAACCGGGCAACAAUCCUUAUAAAAAUAUAUAUUCUAUAUGCGAUAUGUUGUGCUAGUUAAUUUUUAAAUAGCCUAAUUGUAAUUAAAAAUUCAAUAAUAAAUCGGAAAUCGUACGCUAGUCCGCUUCUUGUUCAAGCGGCGAUCCUAAGAUCCAUUUUGAUGCGAUACCAGAGAAUGUAACAAUCACUAAAAUCAUUAAACAGUUAUAUAGUUAUUAGUUAAGCUCAACACACAUUGAUAAAGAGACACCACACCACACACCACGCCACACAGACUUCAUCCAACGACCUCUCAUGCUGUAACCACAUAUAUCCAUCUACCUGCUAAAGUUUCUUUAAGUUUUGCUCCUAAGUUCGUUAAACAUAUUCUUAAUUCAGAUACAGAUUUCUACACAAUCACACCUUAUCAUCUUUAUCAUCGGUAUCAUCAUCAUAAUCAUCAUUAUCUUUUUUUUGUUUCAACAUCAAUCCAUGGACACAUCAUUUGCUCAAAUUUCGUUGCCAAUGUAAAUCAGGAGUGGGAACUUGCACCUACUCCUGGUGGAUUUGGCAACACUUUGCACCCUAAAAAAUCUAAUAUUAGCUUGCAAUACUAAUUUCAGCGAAAGGAUGGAAACUGCGACUUCGUCCACGAAAUCGGUGCUAUCGAAUUAAAGCGUGUGCAAAACUGAGUGGUCACCUUAUAGCUUGAUUUUAGCUGUUUUUGUUUUUGUUAAUAGUCUCUGUGAAUGUUCAUUUUAUUGAAAUUGUUUGUUAUAUUUAGUUCAUCAUCUUUAAAGAAUCAUCGUUGAAUGGCAAAUAAAAUAUACAGUAGAACAAGAAAAUUGUACUACCGAUUGCUUGGGACGAAGCCCGGAUACUCAAAGAGUGUUUAAUUCGUUAUUAAAAACUGUUUUUUUUUAAACUUUUUUUGUAUUUGUUUAUUUUUUAUUUGCUUGUACAUUGAUUUUAACAUCCAAGCUCGCACUUUCACACCGCCCACACACACAAAACCCUCCGCUGAAACAUAAACAAAAUACCAACACACAUAUCGAACUUUUGUAAAUUUACUAUAGAGUCGAUUAAAUAAAAGAGUAAAGUUAAAAAGAUGAUACACAGAGCUCAUGGUGUAGUGUACAUUUUAGUAUAAACGAAGUAACAAUUUAUAUUAAAGUUGCCUUUAAACCAGUUGCCUUAGAAUGAACACAGACAGACACAAACGUAAAACCAAAACUCCAAGAAGACGUCGCAAUAAAAACGGUGUAUAAAUGUGUAAGAAACAAAACAAAACCUGAUCAAUCAAGUGGAUGCUGUUGUGUUUGGCAAAGAGUUCUUU